CUUUUUUUUGCCAAUGUCCUUCUUUGGAGAACCCCAUGAUAUAUAAACUCCCUCUCCUCACCCCGCAGCCCAUUUCUCUCUCUCCCUCUCCCACUCCCUCUCCUUCUCUGUGUCCGUGGGUCCAUUCCUCUCCCUCUGUCUCUCUGGGUCCAGUGUGUGGGGGGACGUCAAGAUGAAGCUCCUGUUUGUGGCUGUCUUUGGCCUCUUUGUGCUGUCCUAUCUGGACCUGGCCGAGUCCUCGGCUUACGACAAGAUAGUGGCCCACAGCCGCAUCCGGGCCAAGAAGGAGGGCCCCAAUGUCUGCGCUCUCCAGCAAGUCAUGGGGACCAAGAAGAAGUACUUCAGCACUUGCCGUAAUUGGUACCAGGGGGCCAUCUGCGGAAAGAAAGCAACCGUACUCUAUGAGUGCUGCCCAGGUUACAUGAAGCUGGAAGGCAUCCGUGGAUGUCCUGCAGUGAUGCCAAUCGAUAACGUGUACGGCACUCUGGGUCUGAUCAAGGCCAUCACCACCCAGGACUACUCGGACCGCUCGGAGCUGAGGCCGGAGAUCGAGGGGAUAGGCUCCUACACAUUCUUCGCCCCUAGCAACGAGGCCUGGGACCUCCUGGAGCCGGAAAUCCGCAACUCGUUGGUGAGCAACGUGAACAUCGAGCUGUACAACGCCCUGCACUACCACAUGCUGAACAGGCGCAUGCUGACCAAGGACCUGAAGAACGGCAUGACCGUCACCUCCAUGUACAACGACCUCCCCCUGCAGAUCAACCACUACUCCAACGGGAUUGUCACCGUGAACUGCGCCAGAAUCAUCCACGCCAACCAGGUGGCCACUAAUGGAGUUGUGCACGUCAUUGACCGCGUUGUCACCGCCGUGGGACGCACAAUCCAGGAUGUCAUCGAGACAGAGGAUGACCUCAGCUCCCUGAUGACGACUGCCACUGCCUCUGGGCUCCUGGACAAGCUGGGCGAGCCUGGCACCUACACACUGUUCGCGCCCACAAACGAGGCCUUCGACAAGGUCAACAGCGAUGUGCUGGAGAGGAUCAUGGGAGACAAGAACGCCCUCCAAGCUCUGAUGAACUUCCACCUGCUGAACACGGUGCAGUGCUCGGAGGCCAUCAUGAGUGGCCAGUCCCUGGAGACGCUGGAGGGCAACAACCUCGAGAUCGGCUGCGACGGCGACAGUCUGACCGUCAACGGCGUCAAGAUGGUGCUGAAGAAGGACAUCGUCACCAGCAACGGAGUCGUCCACCUCAUCGACACGGUCCUCAUGCCAGACUCAGCCAAGCAGGUGACUGAGCUGGUGGGCAGCUCCCAGUCCACCUUUGGGGACAUGCUGUUUGAGCUGGGGCUGGCGUCCGCCAUGAGGCCUGAGGCUGAGUACACCCUGCUGGCCCCCACCAAUAAGGUCUUCACCGAGGAGGUGAUGAGGAUGGACCAGCGCAUGCUGAAGAUGAUCCUGGAGAACCACGUCCUGAAGGAGAAGAUCGUCCUCGGCCAGCUGUACAACGGCCAGCUCCUGGAGACCCUCUCUGGAAAGUUCCUUAGAGUGUUCAUCUACAGAACCGCGGUGUGCAUUGAGAACUCGUGCCUGGUGCGAGGCAGUAAGGAGGGCAGCAACGGAGCGCUUCACCUCAUGGUUGAGUUCCUGAAGCCUGCAGAGGCCUCCAUGUACAAGAUCCUCUACGACAACGGCAACUUCAGAAUAUUCCUGUCCCUGAUGGAGGCCGCUGGCCUGACUGACCUUCUGAAGCAGGAGGGAGACUUCACCCUGUUCGCUCCCAUGGACGAUGCCUUCGCCGGACUCGGCCAGCGCGACAUUGACAUGCUCAUGAGAGAUCAGAAUGCGCUGCGUGCCCUCCUCCUCUACCACUUCAGCGGUGGCGUCUUCAUCGCCGGAGGUCUGGAGACGGGAGUCACCAACCUCUUCAAGUCCCUGCAGGGCAGCAACCUCAAUGUCCGAGUGAUUAACAACAGCUUGCAGGUGAACACAGUCAAGGUGCCGGAGUCUGAUAUCAUGGCCACAAAUGGAGUUGUUCACUUUGUCAAGAGCCUCCUCUAUCCCAAAGGAGUGCCAGUUGGAAGCCAGGAGCUGUUAACACUGCUGAGGAGGAUCAUCAAGUACAUUGAGAUUCGGUAUGAUCCCGGAUUCAGAUACAAGGAGAUUCCACUGACAUUUAUGAGGAAGGUUAUCACUCGUGUGGUGGAGAGAGAGCCUGAGGUAACCAAGAUCACCAGGGUCAUCGAGGGCGCGCCCACCAUCACCAAGGUGACAAGGGUCAUUGAGGGUGAGCCCAGCUUCACUAAGGUGACCAGAGUGGUCGAAGGAGAGCCCACAUACACCAAGGUGACCAGGGUGGUCGAGGGGGACCCCAGGUACACAAAGGUCACGCGCGUCAUCGAAGGUGACCCAACCAUGACCAGGGUUGUUGUCUCAGGUUCUGAUGUAGAUGCAGGGGGCUAUGAAUUCUCUCGGAUCUCCAACGUUGAGAGCCACAGCCAUCUGACAGAUGUCGACUCUGCCAGACUCACAAAGAUGAUUGAAGAAGGAGGAUCAGUGAGACGUGGCCCUAUGAGAAGAGUCCAGAGUGGCCCUAGGAGAAGAACCAGGGAAGAUGAGCAGUAGACAUCUGCACCCGCAGAGGAGUCGCAAGCACAACCUGAUCAAUCAAAUCUUUGGAGAAAAGUAUUCAGACUUCAGUUAGCUGGAGGGAGGGCCUGCAUCCAAGCAGGCACAAAAAAGGGCUUGUAGAUCACUUGUUUAAAUGAACGUAAGAAAAAAGAAGUUAAGAAAUCUACUAAAUUGUGUUGCCACAAUGUAAUAGAAAUGCUCUAUGAUUGACAUUUUGGUUCAAAAGAGGACUGCCGUGAGGUCAUCCAAGUAGGUGUGUAAAUAUUUUCAAAGCGGUCCACUAUGGUCUUGCAAACAGGAACACGUGUGCUGUUCACCCAGUCAUGGAUUGGACUGAUGCUUACUGCCAAAUGACUAUAUGUAGUCUGUCUAGGAUAUACCUCUGCAUGGUUCCAUGGUGCUAUGUUUUUUUGGGGGGGAAAUGCUUUUAAUUAUUGGAAGAGGAGCGUUGUUUUUUUAAAUCCCAAAACUUUGCCAAUGUUGUCAUUUUAUCUCAUUCAUUUCAUUUUGCCACCAAUGGUUGGGCUAUGUUUUUUCCCUCUAAAUCUGCACCACAAAUGUCAGUGGAAAUGUUGAUAAACUUUUCAUCAUGUUGUUGAUGAUGAUAACUGUUCUUUCCUCUCUUUUUUCUUUUCUUUUCUUUUGUUUUUUUUUUUUUUUACAAAAUGUGCAUAGCCACACAGAGCAUAGUUUUUGUUUUCCAACAUCUGUCAGAUGUUUUCUACAAAACCGAGAAACCAAAAAGGUGCCCAAUAAAACAUUUUCUUGGAGAAGUCCUUUGCUUGAGCUUCAAUACCUGCU